GGGUACCCUUCUCAAAAUGGGUGCUGCGAGGGCAUUCUGUCUCCGCUUCGCGCCUCCGGCCGCCAUGAUCUAUGUCGGCGGCCGUGUUCUAUUGUCAAUUGAGACAGCUCGGAAUAAUUCGCAGCCAUUCCUACUGCAUUCCGACCCGAGAGCACCGUACUCGACCACUUCCACGCAGCUUGCCCGCGGGCAGUCGCCUAGCUCAAUUGGAGAUAGCGGCACUGGCCGAAGUGACCCCAGUUCCCGGAGGGAAGGAAGCUUCCAUAGUGACGAAUCGGACUCCUCGUCGGUAUGGUCACAUAUCUUGCAGAGGUUUGAAGGGGUGAAACAGUCUGUCGGCUCGCCCGAAUGGAUUGAAUUUGAGCAUAUCAAACACUACAUAAUACCCGACUGGACGAAGUUUCUCCCGGAGACAGUGCAGAAGUUGCAGCGCGAGCUUUCCAUGGCGCCAGGCUCCUUAGCUGACGACAUUUGGAGGGAAGCACAUGAUCCGGAUUUGAAUCCCGAGAUAACUCGCGAGGCUGCAGUCCGUGUUGGCGAUGGCCUCUGCGAUGAAGAAUUGGAGUUCAGACGGAAGCGACAAAAACAUUCUGUAAAGGCGUUGGCAGCUUACCUGAAUAUCCCAGAAGCAGACAUACACCCUGAUGACGUCCCGAUAAUUUCCAUGUGCGGAUCGGGAGGUGGCUUGCGCGCGCUUGUUGCUGGUACUGGCUCAUAUCUGGCUACUCAAGAGGCUGGUCUGUGGGAUUGCGUGACGUAUACUGCUGGCGUGAGCGGCAGUUGUUGGCUACAAGUUCUGUACCAUUCAUCUAUUUCCGGAUGCAACUUCACCAAACUUGUGGCCCAUUUGAAGAACAGGCUGGGCGUGCACAUGGCCUUUCCGCCGGCAGCACUCAAACUGCUUACACAUGCACCAACCAACAAGUACCUCCUCAGUGGCUUGGUCCAGAAACUGAAAGGCGAUCCCGGUGCUGAUUUUGGUUUGGUUGACAUCUAUGGUAUGUUGCUAGCCGCCAGGUUACUUGUACCCAAGGGGGAGCUUGGGGCUUCAGACUAUGACCUCAAAGUAUCACAUCAAAGCCAUAACGUUGCCAGCGGAGCCCACCCACUCCCUAUUUAUACAGCCGUGCGCCAUGAAAUCCCAAUCCUAGAGGAGAAGGCCGAGGAGGGAAAGAAGAAGCCAAUGCCCGAGGAUCUCAUUAGACAGUCACGGAGCGAGUCAUGGUUCCAAUGGUUCGAGUUUACGCCGUAUGAGUUUUUCUGUGAGGAGUUUAGUGCAGGUAUUCCUACCUGGGCUCUGGGGAGGCAUUUCAAUGGCGGCAAAAACGAGGCGCCUCCCGGGACCUCGCCUAUACCUGAAUUACACGUUGGCAACCUGAUGGGAAUAUGGGGCAGUGCAUUCUGCGCGACACUUUCGCAUUACUACAAGGAGAUUCGACCACUUGUUAAAGGAAUCACCGGGUUCGGAGGUAUCGAUUCCCUAAUCCAGGGCAAGUCAGAAGACCUUGUUCGAGUACACCCCAUCGACCCCGCAACGAUACCGAAUUUUGUACUAGGAAUGAAAGAUGUGCUACCACCGUCCUGUCCGGAAUCGAUCUUCAAGAGCCAACACUUACGGCUCAUGGAUGCCGGGAUGAGCAACAAUCUCCCGAUUUACCCACUGCUCCGGCCGGGCCGCGAUGUCGAUAUUAUCAUCGCCUUUGACAACUCAGCCGAUAUUAAGCAGGAAAAUUGGUUAUCUGAAGUGGACGGUUACGCACGCCAACGAGGUAUCAAGGGCUGGCCAAUUGGAGCCGGCUGGCCGAGAGCCAAGGACACUCCAAAGGAGACCGAACAGAACCUCCGGGAGCCACAGAAUAUCUCCGAAGAGGACCUCAACAAGAAAAUCACUGCUGCCCAGGACUCGCCCAGUCAUGAGCACCACCAGCCGGCAUCUACCAACGUCCCUCCUACAGAGGGUUUGAAGGACCCAGACUCGCUGUCCCCACCACCGGACACGGAUCUAGGAUACUGCAACGUCUGGGUUGGCACCACGCAAGAAAAGGUCUCCGAGAAAGAACCACCACCCUCCAAGCGCCUCUUCGACGCCCGUCACUCGGAUCCCAGCCACACUGAAUCCGACUUUCACCUCAUGCGGCCAGACGCCGGCAUCGCAGUCGUCUACUUCCCUCUUCUGCCUAACCCGGCAGCCCCAGACCUCCCCUCCGCCUCGUCCCUCACAAAACCAUCAAAACCCAACAACUCGCACCAUGUAUCAGAGACCGAAGCGCCAUCAUCUGAAAAAGAUACGACGAAGCCGUUAUCUCCGCACCCAGGUACAAUCGAUCCUGACGUAGACGAUUUCUUGUCAACAUGGAACUUUGUUUACACACCCGAGCAGAUUGACGCGGUUGUGGGAUUGGCCAAGGCGAACUUUGCGCAGGGCGAGGAGCAGGUGAAGCGGGUUGUGAGGGGCGUUUAUGAGCGGAAGAAGAAGGAUAGGUUGGCCAAGGAAGAAAGUCAGCAUCGGCCCCAUAAGGAGGGCUUGAUGCUUAGUUGAG